UCUGUUGCUUUGUUGACCAAAUGCCUCGAAAAGAAAGAAGGCGAGACUCAAAAGAAAGAAGAGAAAGGAAGCAUUUGCAUUUGACAGUGGACACACACAACAUAAGGAAUUGCUUCUUCUCUCUACUCAACUGUGGUUUUUUUCCCUGCCAUUGAUUUUACUUCUUUGUAUUCUAUUGUAAUCUACUCACUCACUACAGUACUUGUGGGUUGUGUAAACUGUAAUGUGAUGUCCCUUUGAAGAGUUAUUGUCAUUGCAGUGAUUCUAGUGUUUUGGGUUGGAGAUUUUUUCUUCAAAGUUUUCUACUUUCUUUUUUCUUAGGUCUAAAAAAAGGGUUUUUUUUUUUUUUUGGGUUGAAAAAAUGCCGAUGUAUCAGCCUUCUAAAAGGGACAUAAUUUUGGGUUUUGAGGGUGGUGGUGAUGGUCAGAUUCUAGAUCUGGACACGGCGGUGAAAGAUGGUGUUUUGGGUGGUGUUGACGGUGGUGUUGUUGGAACUGGUGUUGGUGAGAAAUUGGAUCUGAGAAAAAUGAUUGAAGAGCUUGAGUUAAAUGAAGUUCCAAGUGUUUUUAUUUGUCCAAUCUCUCUUGAACCAAUGCAAGACCCUGUCACCCUUUGCACUGGUCAAACCUAUGAGAGGUCCAAUAUUCUCAAAUGGUUCAACUUAGGACACUUUACAUGCCCCACAACUAUGCAAGAGCUUUGGGAUGAUUCCAUCACACCAAACACUACCCUUUACCGUCUUAUAUACACUUGGUUCUCUCAGAAGUACUUGUUGAUGAAGAAAAGGUCUGAAGAUGUUCAAGGAAGAGCUUCUGAACUUGUGGAGACACUCAAGAAAGUUAAGGGUCAAGCUAGAGUUUGUGCCCUUAAGGAGCUUCAUCAUGUUGUGGCUAUUCAUGCUACUGCACGCAAGUCUGUGAUUGAUGAAGGUGGUCUUUCUGUUUUGUCUUCUCUACUUGGUCCUUUUACUUCACAUGCUGUUGGCUCUGAAGUUAUUGGCAUUCUUGUUUGUUUGACGCUCGAUUCCGAAUCGAAAAAGAAUCUUAUGCAGCCUGCUAAGAUUUCCCUUAUGGUGGAUAUCUUGAAUGAGGGUUCAAUUGAGACCAAAAUCAAUUGCACGCGAUUGAUCGAAUCGUUAAUUGAGGAGAAGGAUUUUCGGUCCGAGAUUAUCUCUAGCCAUAGUCUUUUGGUUGGAUUGAUGAGGCUUGUGAAGGAUAAGAGACACAGCAAUGGAAUCUGUCCAGGAUUAAGCCUUCUCAGAACAGUGUGUUUCUAUAAGGAAGUUAAGAGUUUGUUAGUGAGCAUCGGUGCGGUUUCUCAAUUGGUUGAAUUGUUGUCUGGUAUGGAACAUGAGUGUUUGGAAUUAGCACUUUGUGUUUUAGAUUCGUUGUCGUCAAUACCUGAAGGCAGAGUGGCUUUAAAGGAUUGUGUUAGAACCAUACCUAUCAUGGUUAAACUCUUGAUGAGGAUCUCAGAAAACUGCACACAAUAUGCAUUGUCAAUUUUGUGGUCUGUUUGCAAGCUUGCGCCGGAGGAGUGUUCGUCAAUUGCAGUCGAUGCAGGGCUUGCUGCAAAACUCCUUCUUGUGAUUCAAAGUGGCUGCAAUCCAAUAUUGAAACAACAAUCUGCUGAGCUUUUGAAACUAUGUAGUUUGAAUUAUUCAGAUACCAUCUUCAUUUCCAAGUGUAAGCUUACAAGAACCAUCCAAUGACACUGGAUUAAUUAACUUGGUGGUGCUAAUAAUUUGUAAAUUCAAGGAGCAAGAGUUAGCAGUAAAGGGUUAGCAGCUUCUCAGAAGCACAGGAAACUCCAAUAACUCCCAAAAGAUGUGAAAUGGGAUUUGAGGUGCAAGUCUCUCCUCCUGUAAAUAUUUUUUUAGUAUUUUGAUUCCAACAAUUGAUUUGAAUGAAGAAGAAUCAUCAUAAUGUGGAAAAAUUGCACACCCUUUGCUCCACUGCAUUUACUUCUUGUUGUCCAUUGUUGAUGUUCUUUUACAAUAAGCCCCAUCAAGAAGAUACUGAAAUUCUUUAUAUACUUCUUUUGGGGUUGGUUAUAUUAUGGAUGUAGAAGUUAUGCUGUUGUUGUUGGACAAAGAUACUUCUUAGGAGAGAGUGAUCACACAGCAAAAGAUGGAGCUUGCAAUUUCAAUUGUAAUUUUUGAGGAGUUGCUUAUGCUCCAAGCCUUAAUUUCUUUCAUUGUAUCUUCUUCCUCUUUGGAUCUUUUUUAGAGGCCUCCAAUUUUCCAUUAAAAAAAAUACUAGGAAUUUUGCUAUUGAUCUCAAACAUGUGUAGAGAGCCUUGUGACCUUCAAUUUUUAUGUGUACAAUGGAAUUGGAAAAUCAACUAUUUCAUUUAAUUAUUAUUCUGCAUUUCAACA